AUGGGAGGAGGCAACGGUCAGAAAGCAAAGAUGGCUCGUGAGAGGAACAUGGAGAAGCAAAAAGCUGCAAAGGGAAGCCAGCUCGAGUCUAACAAGAAAGCUAUGUCUAUCCAAUGCAAGGUGUGCAUGCAGACAUUCAUAUGUACCACAACAGAGGUGAAGUGCCGGGAACAUGCUGAAGCAAAGCACCCUAAGUCUGAUGUGUUUACCUGUUUUCCGCAUCUUAAAAAAUGA